GAGGAACUAGAACAGUUUGGAAGGGAGAUAGAAAGGAAAGAACAGUUAAUAAGAGAACAAAGAGCUCGAGAAAGGCGCGCGAGAGAGGAGAGAGAGUUGCGGGAAGCUGAAAACUGGCCACAACAACAAGAAGCCAUCACUGCACGAUCACAGUGGUUAUGUGAACAUUUUCAGCGGCAUUGCAGAGUGCGAUUCCCUUGUUGCACACAAUUCUAUCCAUGCCAACUUUGUCACAACAUCUCAAAAGCUUGUGACAAUGAAGAGGCUGAGGCUUGUUAUGCCACUCAUCUGAAGUGCUCUUACUGUCAGCAUGAACAAGAGGUAAUUUUUAUUUUCAUUUUACACUUAAAUAAAUUAUUAAAUAAUGAAGGCUCGAUUACCAGUGAGCCGCUGUUAAGGAAAUGUCUUUCUGGGGACCAAAGUUCCAUUUUGAAUCAGAAUGGUCAGAAUUGUGGUCUGUGAUAUAAGAUUCAAUUGAAUGACAUUCUCCAAAACGUGUUUUUUUGUCUUCCUUUUAAUUGUUUCUCUUCAUUGAGAAAACUUGUAAAGAUAGUUCGACUCAAAGGUUAGGGUCACAGUGAUUUUGUUACAAAUAGUUAUGGUGAGUCCUGGGACUCAUCUUGUGAAAAAAUAUGAGUCCCAGUCCAGAACCAACGAGUCCCAGUUCAAAAAUCCUAAGUUGAAAAUGCUUGGGCCUUUAAAUAACCAGACUGUUAAUCAAGAGACUGAAAUUAAAAUAUAGUCCUUCUAUAUAUUUAAAGCACAAAAAGACUAAACUAAUUAUGCAUCUUUAAAGAGCAGCCACAGAAAUACACGAACGGGAUAUUCUAUCAAAAAAUCUUCAAAUCGAUCGAUCGAUCUUUGCGUUGUACAAGUACUAUGAAUUAUUUUGCAUCUUUGGGGAUUUUUCUGCGUCAGGGAUGCAGGAGACAGAGGCCACAAAAUCAUUGGGGUCAGAUAUUAUACAAGGUUAGGAAAUACCGAACAUUGAAAUUACCAAGCAGGAGAUGAAAAAUCGGUUUUUUGUUUUUGUUUGUUUGUUUUUUCUCUUCAUUUCUUGUCUACAGGUAGUAUUGGCAGAUAAGGAAGCUGAUGAAAUUGUUCUCGUCAAAAGCCUUUUAUUUUCAGGAAAAAUUUCAAGUAUAAUGAUACAUGUAAUAUGAUCGGUUUCCGUGAUGGAGGUCUCAAAAUGGCCUGAGAUUAAUUCCUCUGGCGUUCGCCAAAAAAAGCCCAACGGAUAGAUUUGGACGCUUUCCAUGAACAGAAAAACUCUUUUUCUUUCACCAGAAAAUAAUUUCGGGCUUUUUCGAGACACCUCGGACGGACAUAUUUCAAAACAAAGAACAGGUUUUCAAGAAAACAAAAACUUUAUUUUAAUAGAUCUUACCCGCUGCAUUGUUUGUCUUGUGAUACGAGUUCAAAUUUACCCAAUUCUUGUUUAAUUUAGACUUCACAUUAAUCUAAAUCAUACUUUACAACCUUUGGCUCAGCGAAAGCGUAGAAGUAAUAAUGAUUAAAAAUUUAUAACGCGCCUUUUCCAUCUAAAUAUGAUCAAAAGCGCGUAACAACUGAUGUGAAAAGCCGUCUAAAUUUCCUCGUUUCGAAAUGUUGCAGAGCGAAGUAUAUUAUUUUUUCGUCACUGUUAUUGUGAAUUACCAUUAUCAAAGUCCUUUUUCUCGAAAGAAAAGGGAGUACCAGAACUCUAACGCGAGCGGCGAUCGAUGUUUUUUCAUCAGAGCACUGCUCCCAUCAAAAUCAAGAAUUGCAUUGCAUUACUACCGUAACAACGUGACUGACAUUUUGACCGGAAAAAACACAUUUUUUUCACUUUUCCUAGCCCUUGUUUUGCUUCAUUGCUUAAAUGAGGAAGCGGGAUGAGUAUAAAAAUAUGUAAAUGAUAGACCACUUCGAGACUGCGGUGGCGGCUUUCUGAGAUUAAUUAUUAGUGGACGGGUAUUCUGUAAUCUGGCUCAAAUGUUCGAUAUUUUAUGGACCUCUGAGGUAAACGAACUUGACAAAAUGGCGACGGAAGACGAAGAUCUCUCCGCUUCUGUUAUAGUUUUGUAGAUUUUUCUCUGGAAUGGUCUUGUUUUUCGACGAGUAUUGCAACGAACUACGAGGCCGAACAUUCAAAUAGCUGUACUUUAAAGUAUGGGAUGUUGUCGAUGAAAGGAGAUGGUUUUAAAAGCUGGUUAGGUAACUCGACGCAAAAAUUGUCAUUUUACAAAGUAACGUUUAGAAAUAAUGCCGUUUUGUAUCGACUUAGGUUUUAGUCGUUCUGUCGGAGUUUUCUCUCUAUUUGUUCUGCUUUCUUGUUUUCAAAAUAAAGCUUGUGUCAUAUUGGUUCGAUAUGUUACACUGGCUUUGAUGUAUGUUGCUGUUUGGAGUAUACGUAAUUAAUGAUGUGGAAAUAAGUGGCCCCGUAUCUGUCGUUUAGCAUAGAGUUAAUGUGUGUUUGAAAACUUGAGACAUUUUUUUUGGUACCGAAUGCGAGUUAGCUUCAAGAAAAAUAUAUCCCAAACAGCGUUGGUCCAUUUAGACAUGGUACUUUCAAGAUCAAUGCCGUUAAAUAAAUUUCUGUGUUCGUAGUUAUUUUAGUGUCAUUUUCCUUCCCAGAAAUUUGCCAUUUAAAGGGUUCAGCAUUUCAGAGUCUCUAAAAUUAUUCCAGUCGGGCUUUUGUUUUAUCUCACUCUGAUUAGAAAAGCAACUUUGCAAUGGGAAAACCUACAAGAAGUAUAAACUAUAACGGACAUUUAGGGUUCAGAUAUCUUCGUUGAUGCUUUUCGAAAUUGGACGUUUUGACACCCUGAAAUUUCCUAAACUUCAGAGCCAUCUUGCAGAGAUUUCAUUCAACAGCUCAGGCCAAUUUCCAGGUAUUUUAAUUCUAGAAAAUAACACGCUUUUGGCGGGAACAAUUUACAUUACGUUUUUUAUCUACCAAACAGCUAUCUAUGAACAAAAGUUGAAAGAAAUCAAUUUGUCAACCCUUUCACGAAAUCAAGAUGUUUCUCGAUUUUUUUUUCUAACCAUGGCUUUUUGUGGCGCAGGCAACAAACAAGUAAAUGAAAUAAAAACAGCAACCCAAAAAAAACAAAAACAACAAACAAACAUUGGAAAAAUGGUUUUUCGGAGGGACCGAACUCGUCUUAACAGAUAGCAAAACGCCGAUACGUGAAGGGCCGAGUCACAUUACCCACUAGAUCGUUCAGACAUCUCUCACAACACCGCUGUUCAUUUAAGUAUCGGCUGAGACCAGGCUCAUUGGUGGGUAAAAAUGGCGAAUACCGGGUGCAAAAAAUGGAAGCCGAACUAAAGGCCGACGCCCACUUCUUCCCUCAAUCUCCCACUCAGUUCGCUCCUUUCUUCGUGGUGGACCCCGCUCUUUGUCCUUUUCCCCCAAUAAAGAGCCUGGUCCCAGAGCCGACCAGUGUUCCCAUUAUAUGACCCGCGAUUCAGGUGUAUGAUCACUAAUCACUGGCAACAUGACGUGACACGAAAAUGGCUUCCCUUAGAAAAACUAAACAAAAUCAAUUAAAUUAACUGCAAAAACCGUGGACGAAAAUCCUGCUGGUUAUAAACGUUGGAUCUCUAGGAAAAAAAACAAACAAACAAACAAAAGCAAGAUUUUCCGCAGUGGAAUUUUCAGUUUUAACGGAAAAAAUAUGAGGAGGAGAUGGAGAAUUUUUUUGCGUUAUAAUAUUGCUUCAUUUUUAGGGUUUUACGUGUGUCGUUUGAUCUCUCUGAUGAUACAGAUAAUAUUAAGCUGGCUUUAUAAUAGAUAUUUUGCUCGAGACAGUCGUAAUUUCUACCUAAAAUCGCAAAUUUAAAGUUACUAAUAAAUUAAGUACUCGAACAAUGAAAACGUUUGGAACAAGUUGUAAUAAAAACCACCCUCUUUCUCGCAAGACAUUGUAUUUUUGUUUUGCUUAGGAUGAUACUUUUAAAUUCGUGAAUUUCUACAUUUUCCUAACUGAAAAAUGCGUGCGGUGGAAGUAAAGUUGAUUACCUGUUCGGCAAAUGUAAAUAAAUCAAAACUAAGAGUGGCGGACGUUUCAUGAAGAUUUGUAAAAGGGGUAUUGACCAUUUACAAAAAUGUUCCACAAAAUGCGGUUGGACUUUUGGGGCGUUUCAGCGGAAAUAUCCCGGGAGCAACGGAACAUCCGAAAAAAAUAUUCCUGAUUUUUUGGACCGGAUGUUCCAAACGAAAAUUUGUGUUUUUUUUUUUCUUCAAAGUCAUCUUUGAAAUCAGUUUGAAGGUCUAUUCCGAGAAAUAAUUUACCAUUCCUGAAUUUUGCUUACCAUUUGCACUAACCGUGAACCGACCGGUUUGCCCAUAUAAAUGAUAAACAGCCAGGAUGUCUUGUUGAUCCGCCUUUCCGCCGGAAAGUUAUUUUCCUCAGUAGUGAAAUGAAUAUAGAGCCUGAUCACAAGAUAAGGUGCCGUAACUGAUACAAUAGUUAUACAGUCAACUUCCGUUGUUACAGGAAUUUUUAAGGAAGAGGGCGAAAUCAGUUAUUCUUGAUUGGUCUUUGCCGGGUUUCAAUUUUAAAAUGCAUUAGCCAGGCCGGAAAGAACUUGAAGGAAACCCGAGAGGCGGCAAGGCCGAGUGCUCAGCGCCUCAGUUUUGUAGUCCAAGGUUGUGCGCUCGAGUCCCCUGCUCGUUCGUUCCGAGUUUGCCUUGUGAAUGAGAUUAAGAUCGUAUUCAACUUUAUGUUUGUGUGUUUGGUGGAGGGGUGAGGAGGAAGAGUGGUCUGCUUUUGAAGGUCUUACUCCCAUGUUUAUAAACAUCCUAUUUGCCACUUCAAAAGCCUCUAGGAGACCAGGUAUCAUAAAUGGUUUGGUUGCCAGUUUGCACUUGGGACUAAAUCCUCGAUUAAACUACUUUGUGAUUGUUGUUACAGAUUGGUGAAGACAGUGCCAAGUGUCGCAAGUGUGGAGGGAAAAUGUCUGUUUAUUUCUGUGCCAUCUGUAAACAUUUUACCAGUAUGGACAAGAAUCCGUACCAUUGUGAAAAAUGUGGAAUAUGCCGGUAGGUCUACAUCCUUCUAGAAAAAUAACGAUCACCGUAAAUGGUCUAAUGUGUACUGGGAUAAACGUCGUAUUAGACGCCCUCUUUACGCCCCUGUCCUAUAGACGCCCUGCAUAAAAAUUGCUCGAAAAUACUAGGAAAUAGCGAAAUAGAGCAAAAUCAUUCAAUUUAUUCAGUCUGCAUCUUGUUCAAUGCCAAGGAUCCUGGCAUCGAGGUUGGGGUGUAAAAAACUAUAUACAGUAAAAAAACAAAAUCCACCUUUUGUUUCAAGAACCAAUGCGCUUCUUGUUGGCACGUUAAUAUCAAUAAUAAACUUAGUGUUUUGCAAUAGGACAAUUGCACGAUGACGUCAUGUUACUACAACUACCAGAAUCCUUGAGUUUGUUGUUUCCUUGUGCAAAUUAAGGCUGUUGUUCUUUAAUCCUCAGCGGGAUUGACAAAUUUAAAUAACAAAGCAAAGCCGAAAUAAAUUCUGGUAUUUGUAGUCAAAUAUCGUCAUCGUGCAAUUGUCCUAUUGUAUCAACACUUAACUUUUUGUCUUCCAGACUUCACCAGGACAAGUCAUUCCACUGCGAGGUUUGUAACGUGUGUUUAAACAAAGUACUCGAGGGAAGUCACAAGUGUCGACCAGAUUCAGGUCAUGAUGAAUGCUGUAUUUGCUUGGAGGUGAGUUUUAAUCUGCUGCGCUUGUUUCAAAUUGCAAUCAUAAGCUCCUCAUUUAACAAGUGUUUUUUUUUAAGUACAAGUUUAAGCCGAAAGAGUGUAGACGUCGAAACAGGAUGGUCGUAGAUGCGGUUUCAGUGACUUUUUUUCUUUUGAGUGAGUUACUUUUGAGGGGUAGGAGGCUGGUUCAUAUCUCUAACGCUAGAGUACUUCGGUAUAUGUUCUGUAAGGCUGCGGUUGCAGUAAAUUGCAAUGCUGAUACAAUUGUCUUUUCCAUUAAUUGCAGGAUGCAUUCAGUGGUUGCCAGAUAUUACCAUGUUCACACAAGGUUCAUAGAGAAUGCGCAAUUGCUAUGAUACAAAACGGCGUGUAA